AUGAUGAUUAUUAGAAGCCUCUUUAGUGUUUAUGUCAACAUCAUUGACAAUGUCAUUACAUCUAUAAAAUGGUGUAGUUGCUAUCACGGGGAUACAGAUAUUUUGGCCCAUCUUAGACCCGGUGUCGCUGAAUCGAUUAAAGGAAAUUGUUCAGAAUUUGAUGAAAUAAACGACUUAGUUGAAUUUAAGAAAUGGAUCGAAAGAAAAGUCAAGUCUAAACGUAAUGCUGCGAUUGUUUCGAAGUCGCUUUCCAAGUCAAUCUUUGUGACUUCCAACAAGCAAGGUUAUUCCAGCAUUUCGAAAAACAAGAAAAGACAAGAGCCGCCGAAUAAUAACCGUUCGCAUGGAUCUGAUCAUCAGAAGAAGGAUCAAUCUAACAAAGGCAAGAAGAAUGAGAGGAAGGAGAAUAUGAAUAAUGUCAAAUUGAGCGAUGAAUCUACUAAUAUCUCCGAGUUACAAGUCCUAGGCAGCGUGCCAAUGGAUAGCAUUCGAGAUUUUAUCUUAAUUGAUAAUGGCGCUGCCAUUAGUCUCACAGGUCAUAGGGAAUGGCUACAUGAUUACAUGCCUUUCCGCAAGGACGAUAAAGUUUUCUCUGUUGGUUAUGACGAUAGUCAAAAGAAAUUGGAAGGUUCCGGUAGGAUAAUCUUUAAUUACAUGGGAAAUGUUCUUACACUCUACCUACACUAUUAUGAGGGUGCUCCUACUAUCUUUUCAGAAGACGAUAUCAACCGUUGCCCUGAAUGCCGAAUUCAGACCUACUUUCACGAUUUUGGUACCAAAUCUCAGACUUAUUCAAAGGUUCUCAAUGUUGGAGAUUGA